AAGUCAGGGAUAAUCCACACCAGAAAAGUAGCUUUUUAUGAAUAACAGCGAAAAUAUUUUUAUUUAUAAUCAUGAUCCUCUGGCAAGUGUUAUGAACCUGAAAACAAUUUAAUUCGAAUUCUCCGUUGACGCUUCGUCUAAUCGGUCGAAAAUAAGAACAAUACGCAGAGUUUACGUAGGUAUAGGUUAGGAAAUUAUGACGAUGGCGGCCAUAUUGAAAACGAGUUUGACCGGUGGGAGAGUUUGUAGAAAGAUACUUUACUCUGUCGCAGAUCGACGUAGUGCAACAUCUCAAGCUCGUAGCAAAACUAAAAUGGGCAAACUUACUUCUCAGGAGCGAGAAAAGGACUUGAGCCCAUUACUGAGCAAUGGAUGGACAGUACAAGAUUCGCGAGAUGCCAUCUACAAAGAAUUUCUAUUCAAAAAUUUUAAUCAGGCAUUUGGAUUCAUGUCAAGGGUAGCACUGCAAGCUGAGAAAAUGGACCAUCACCCCGAAUGGUUUAACGUUUAUAACAAAGUGCAGAUAACUUUGUCUUCCCAUGACGUGAACGGAUUGUCUCAGAGGGAUGUUAAGCUAGCUACGUUUAUCGAUACCGUUGCUAAAGCAUCCAACGAAUGAUCAUAAAAAGAGGGGAAAAAAUUCGAAUAAAUUAAUCGUCCGAUUAUGAAACAUAAGUCACGGAAAAGUGACUUUGAUUUAUUCAUUACACCAGCUUCGUCAGUCAGUUUGUUAGGCUUAUUCUUUCAAAUAUACGUAAUAUAUUUCAUGUAUGUAAUAUAAGUUUCAGAAGCUAACCACCUAAUCGAAUGUAAAAAACGACGAAUUAAAACAAUUUUUAGUUUUUGUUCC